AUGCCUGAAGUUCUCAACUUGAUCCAGCUUGUGGAGCGCUUACAGCAGGAUUAUCGAAAUGUUAUAAAUGAAACAAAAAGAAAGUUCAUUCCUAUCAAAGACAGCGCCGAAGCUCAGUCAAAGCGGUUGAAAGAGUUAAUGAAUGAAAACCAAGACAUUCGAAUCUAUCUUCUUGAGCAUAAUCUCGAUAUUUCCAAUCCUUUUAUUAAAGGAUGUGAGACUGGUCAACCGAAGAUUAUUAAUAUCUGUCUUACUGCAAUCCAGCGUCUAAUAACAUCUCAGGUUCUUACGGAACCUUCCAUGGAAUCUUUACUAAAAGUUGUAAGCACAAUGGUCGAUUCCGAGUUAGAAGAGCUCAAAUUGCUGCAAACAACUAUUCUACUUGUCACAGCCAGUCAAUCCUUACCGGACGUUAUUCUAUCUCAAGCAUUGGGAAUAUGUUUACGGUUACACAACAGUAAAACCAAUUCUGUAGUUAACACAGCAGCUGCUGCCAUUCGGCAAUGUACGGGGUCGGUUUUCGAUCAGGUCGCGAGGGAAGUUAUGCAAUCUCCUUCACCGGCUGAAAACGUUCAAACUGGAGACAAAGCGGAUGCAUUCCAUUUUACACCCAUCUCAAAGAGCGCAUUUUUCUAUUUUCAAGACCUCUGCCUUCUAACGUUUGGAGAAAUUCCUCAUUGGCUACUUGGAGUCGAGUCAAUUUCUCCCUUACUGGGUUUGGAGUUGAUUGAAGCUGUUCUCUGUAAUUACGUCACUCUCUUUUCAAAGGAAAAGGAGUUCCUGUAUCUGCUGAAGGAACGAGUAUGUGCCCUGAUCAUCAAGUUGACGGCUUCUGGUCUUCUCAUUGAUACUCAGAGGAGCGGAGUUCGGGAUUCAGCCAUCGAAGGCUCUACUUCUGGUGUUGGGAAUGCCUACUCUGGAUCCACAGAGUUUGGUAACACGGAGUGUGAGAUGUUGAUCUCUACGAUAAUGCGAAUAGUCGAGAAUGAGCGAAAUUUGUGGCGCCGUGCACUUGCAUUAGAGGUGAUAUUCAAGAUUAUCGGUCAACCUGAUCUCCUCCUGGAUAUUUGUUUAAAGUUCGAUAUGAUGGAACCACCAUCUCGAAUAUUCUUCUCUCUGGUCACUACAGUAAGUACAUUUGUACAAACGACGCUCCUUACCCCAAAUUCCCAUCGAGAAUCGGUGGGAUCUGUUUCGACGGGAUCUCAAAUCACCCAGAAACCAUCUUUUAUCUACAGAGGAGUCAGUCAUUAUGUAUCCGACAUACAAAAGUUUGCACUGUUGGAAGUUUUGGAUAGACAUGAAGCGCCUGUACUUCCUGAGGGCUAUUCUCUCAGAAUGACAGUCAGUUGUCUAGUUCAAAUUGUCUGGUCUCUGCAACACUUGAUUCGGGAGGCAGUUAAAAAUUGGGAAAAGGAGCCCUCUAAAGAGCCUCCGGUGGAAUUCAAAAUGCUGUCAAUCUCAUGGACUGCAAUCUUGCCUGCACUUUCUCUUCUACUUGAAGCUUGUGCUGACGAAAAGCUCACAGAUUCUUUCCUUUUGGCGGUGACUUCGAUGGUUGUGCUUAGCAGCUACUGUGGUGUUGUUGAUGCACGAGAAACCUUCCUGGCCACUCUCUGCAAAUUUGCUCUUCCAUCUCUCUCCGUCCUCUCAGAGAAAAGUUAG